AGGUAACCUUGGGAACAAAAUGUGGGCUGGCCUGUUUCGCUGUACGAAGUAGCAGCUCUGGCUGAGCAGCUGCAGAAGACAGGUACGCGUGUGUUACCAUUUUGUCUUGAAUGGGGUGACAGGCUAUGAAUUCUUUCUUAAUGAUACUGGAAGUGGGGGACUUCUGUUGUCUAAGGGCGUUGCCGGUAUUCUGGGCUGGCCUUUCUGGCUGCAACGUAGACGGGUGUAGCAGUUUCUGUUAUAAGGGCACGGAAAGAGGGACUGUUUGGAAACCAACCAGGGCAGGAUCUAGCAUACCUGAGAGCUUGAGGCCAUUGCUAUAACAUCUUAGAGCUUCUGCACAUUUAGUAUCUCAAAGCUGUAUGGGCAUGUAAUAAAAUUUGGCCUCAAGUGACUUUUCAUGGCUCAAGAUAAAGCACUUGGCUUAUCUCCCAGCCUUGACAUUUGCUCUAGAGAAUCAUUCCAUCCCUCUAAUGGAAAUUAGAUUUUUGUUUUUCUGCUUAUCAGUUAUUAAAAGCCAUAGCUGGGAAUUUCAGGUGCCAACAAAAGGAUGGGACAGUAAGUUGUUUUUAUUUGUCAAAACAGGAGAGGAAUAUAGCAUGUCUCUAGCUGAAGUUAAGAAGUAUAAAGGAAUUUUGAAUGCCAAAUGCAAGAUGCCUUUAUAUUUUCAGGAGGAGAGGGACCUGAAGCUACAACUGAGUUACUAAGGUGAGCUGAUGGAAAAUGAGUUGACAUCUCCUUGGGAAGAAUUUUAGUGGAGCAGGUCUAUUUGUUCUUACCAGUACUUACAAAAUAAUGUAGUAAUUUAGGUUAAAAGAGGCAUUCAAAGGUAAUUGUCCAACCCUCUGCUCAAAGCAGGUCUAAUUUGUUCAAGUUGAUCAGUACCAUGUGCUUUAACAGUGUUUCUGUCAGUUCUGUUAAAUAUUGCUGGCAGGAAUAUUCACUUCUCACUUUGAAAAUAAUGCCUGACAUAGUCUGUGAUCUAAAAUUCAUGGCCCGGGCUGAAUAACUGGUAGACAAUUAUGUAAAAUAUCUUUGCUUAUGAAUUCCAAAGAUGUUAUUGCUUUGGGACUGGCCAAUGGCCUUCUCUCAAGGCGUUUUCCAUCUCAACAGUCAUGCAGCCUAUAUGAGUAUGCAAACAUAAACCAAGGCAGCUUAUUAUUAGCAUUCUUAGGCAAGCAGACUGUCUGACUGGCUGGGCUGACUUUGCAGGGUUAAAUGGAAGGUAUUGUUAUUACAUCUUUUUGCACUUUCAUUUACCAAAUCCUGUGCGCCCACAUUGUCUCAUUCCCACCCUAUACUUUUGAUAGCUAGUUUCUCUACUACUUCCCUUGUAUCAACCAAAAAACUACUGCCCGUGUUUGCUGAAUAACUCCCUAAUACCAAGCACUUUGCAAUUUGCUAAUUUAUUAUGAAGAAAUUUGUUCCUUAAUGAUUGUCUUUUCUUGGCCUGUGUACUGUUGUUCUUGUGGGACAAGUAUGUGUAAACAGCUUCUGUAUGUUCUGACAUAGGUAAGAGUAUUUCUUUAUUUUCCACUGUUUAAAAAAAAAAAAAAAAAAGCCAUCUAUUUUAAUUAUUAGGCAGGUCACAAAAUAUUCAUUGAUCCUAUGGAAACCAAAUCACAUUUCUGGAAUAUCUCUGUUCAUGCUCUGGAGUAAAAACAGGAAAGUCUGUCCUUUUGAGGUGAGCUCCAGAAAUUAACAGAAGUAAAUGUAUUUGUUGUCCAAGUCCUAUGCUGUAGGACUACCUCCUGAAACCCUUGUCAACUUGGUGUUCUUCUAAUGAAUACUCUCCUUCUCCAAGAAAUCUCACUGCAAUACCCAAGAUCUAGAGUAACUUUUGCCUUCAGCUCCAGCUGUUCGCUAAAAUAAAACUCUCUGCUGGCAUUUCUUUUUUACCUGACCCAGAUGGGUAGAGUUGGCUUUUGCUCUUCUGGGAACAUCAGGGAAAUUUCUGUGCAUCGUAUGCUGUCAAUACUUCAAGGCCACGCUUGACCUAGGGUACACAGGGCCCAUUAUUAGUGGUCUUGAAAUACAAAUUGUCCUGGUUUCAGAUGAAACAGAGGCGAUUUUCUUCAUAGCAUCUAUAUGAUGCUAUGUUUUUGGUUUAGGAGAAAAACAAUAUUGAUAACACGCUGAUAUUUUAGUUGUUGCUGAGCAGUGCUGCACAGAACCAAAGAUGUUUUAGCUUCUUGCCCUGUCCUGCCAGCAAGGGGUCUGGGGGGGGCACAAAGAGCUGGUAGGGAACAGAACCAGGACAACUGACCCAGACUGGCCAAAGGGAUGUUCCACCACAUGACAUCAUGUGAAAAAACUACAAUAUGGUGGGGAAUUGGCCAGAGGAGCAGCCGCUGCUUAGGAACUGUCUGGACAUCAGCUAGUGGGUGUUAUGCAACUGCAUCGUGCAUCACUUGUUUUGUAAAUAAAUAUAUAUAUACACACAUAAAAAUUAUAAUUACUACUAUUUAUCUCUUCCUUUUCCAUAUUAGUAAAUAGUUUUUAUCUCAAACCAUGAGUUCAACUUUAUUUUUUUCUGGUUCUCCUCCCCAUCCCAGUAGGAAAGGGGGGAGUAAGCAAAAGGCUGUGUGAUGAUCAGCUGCCUGCCAGGUUAAACCACAACACUAAUGAAGAAGUUAAUGCUACUAACCCACUAACAGUGUUUCUUACUUUUAUCUCUGUGUGCAGACCAUUGUGCACAGCCUCAGCUUGACCAUUCUGAGAAGGAAUUGCUACAUGCUUAUUUGGCUUACAUCCCAAGCUUAAUUAAGCCUUUUAUAUUCUACAAGAAUGUGUUUUGUCAGAAUGAAAUAAUUUGUGAUCAGAAGGUUAAAAAAAAAAAAGCAAGAGGAUUUAAACAUAUUUUGAAUAACCUCUGGAUUAAACUGGUUGGUAAGGAUGGAAUGCUGGAGUUCCUGUGGAUGUGCAUGUGUGUUCUGGGUGGAGCAAGAAGUACCUUUAACCAAGUACUUUUCUUCACAAGCUUUCUUUGGGUUUUAUUGCUCUUGAAGAAGAAAAUUAUGGUACUGGGUGGGAAGUAGAAGGGAAGGUCAAGAAGAGAAUAUUAGUACUUGAAACAGCUGUAUAUUUAGUCACUAAAGCCUUAUGUAAGGUAGGUAACUGCAGCAAUGUUUUUUCUACAGGGAGCGAAGAAGUCAAAAAAAGCAAUUUUGAUCCAAGCAAUGGAAGAAAUCAGAGAAACAGGAGAUACUGUGCAGCAGCGUACAGCUUUUACCACUGUCCUAGAAGUACACUGUCUGGACACUCGUUCCUCAAAUUGCUUUGAAGUUCCUAUGAGUAGACAUUUUUGAGGAAAGAAGGCACUAGAUAGAGCUAGAUGAAAAUUUACUCCUACUGUUUUUUACCCCCGUUACCCAAGUUUUUGUAAGUUAGUAAGUGUUCCCACCAAAAUGACUGCAAUCUUGAUAGGUCAUUGAAAAGCCAAACACUUCAAACUUUAUAGCAAAAAUCCAAGUGCAUCAGAGGCUGGAAACAAAGAGUUUGGACUCUGAUCAUUCUCCUUUUUAGACUGGGUAUUUAGAUGUAAGGGCAGAAUCCCUCACCAGGGAAUAUCUACUUUUCUCCCUUCCAGCUGGCUCUGAAUAGCCAUGUUUGUGCUGGAAGAAGGGAAUUCCAAGGAGAUUGGUGGCCCUUUUCACAGAGUAAGCAUUUUCCACAGGCGGGGUUAUGCCAACCAUUAAAUGACUAAUGUAUAAUUAGGAGGCUGGAUACUUAUAGUUGUCAUGUCCCUGAUGCCAGGGGAGUCCAGGACGACUGUGAAGGAGUGAGCAUCGAGGGAGGUUAGGCUUGGUUGACCAAGCCAUUUAUGUCUGUAUUUGUUUUUGUGUUCAGCUUUUGUGUUGGCAAUCUCAGGAGGCAAGUGACUUAGCAGUGCAGACAGUGUGGUGGCUCUCCCUUAUGGCUUUUACAGUGAGUGCAUGGUAGAAGGUGCUGCCAGCCAGAAGGCCUGCUGUAAGGACACAAGUUGGGCAGAAAGGGAGUGCUAGGAAAGGGAAAUUUAACACACUUCCUGUUCUGCUGUGGUGAAGAACAAGUCUUCUUGCCUGGGCCGGUUUAUCUGCUCUGUCCAUCUCUGCCUGGGGAAUUCUUUGAUGCUGAGCUGAUCAGAAGGGUGCUGGGUGUUGCGCCAGCCGUGCCUCAAUGAAGGAUCUUCAUUCAACACCUUUCCCUUCUCGUCACACCAGUCAAUGCGACUCCUGCGUUUUCCAGCAGCAUUCACUACGCAGUCCAGACUUUAGUCAAGCCCUGGUUGGAGGACAGAAAGGCUACCAGACCUACCGGGAUCUACCAUGGGAUCUUCAAAAAAUACAUCAACCAGCCAUCAAAAUAAGACAUCUCGAGCCGUGGAAAAUUGCUCUAAUUGUUAUUGGAACAGCAUUGGCAGCAGCCAUCACCAUUGGUCUCCUUGUUUAUUUUCUGGCAUAUGAUCAGAAGCUCUUCUAUUACAGUGGCAACAUAAAAAUCGCCAACAUCCAGUACAGUAAUGAAUUGUCCAGACAGACCUCAGGAAGGUUUAGAGACCUGAGCGAGAGGGUUGAGAGACUGGUGGACAAGACAUUUCACAGUUCCAUUUUAAGAAAGAAGUACAUCCGCUCACGCUUAGUCAGAGUGAGCCCAGAUGCUGAUGGUGUGGUGGCAGAAGCUUUGCUCACGUUCUGGUUCUCUGCCACGGAUUGCAAAGAAGCGCUGCGCAGAAGAGUUGAAAGGAUCUUACGGAGGGGCCUGAAAAAAUACACUGGGCCCCUGCGAAUAGAUGUCACAUCUUCUACUGUCUCAACUGUGGAGAAGAGAAGAGCAGAAGCUAUCUUCAAUGACAUCUGCGGGUUACGGCAGAAUAGAUCAGUCAAAUCAAUAGCAAAAGCAACAUCCUUGCGAAUAGUUGGAGGAUUGUCUUCUGCAGAGACUGGGGAUUGGCCAUGGCAAGCUAGUUUGCAGUACAAUAACGUCCAUCGCUGUGGUGCAACGCUCAUCAGCAAUACAUGGCUUGUAUCUGCCGCUCACUGCUUCAGAGAAAUGAGUCACCCUCACAAGUGGACUGCUACUUUUGGAGCUCUUUUGAAGCCACCAACUUUGAAACGAUCAGUCAAGACCAUUAUUAUUCACGAAAUGUACCGCUACCCAGAACACGAUUAUGACAUUGCACUUGUGAAGCUCUCUAAACAAGUUGAGUUUACAAGUAACAUACACCGCGUUUGUCUGCCUGAGCCAUCUCAGACUUUUCCAUAUAAUAUUUAUGCUGUCAUCACAGGCUGGGGAGCGCUUACCAAUGACGGUCCGACUCCUAAUGCUCUUCAGGAAGCAACAGUGAAACUUAUCGACUCAGACACUUGCAACAGAAAAGAAGUGUAUGAUGGGGACAUAACACCUAGGAUGUUGUGUGCUGGGUACUUGGAAGGAGGAGUAGAUGCUUGUCAGGGAGACUCUGGGGGACCGCUGGUUACUCCAGAUUCUAGACUGAUGUGGUACCUCGUGGGAAUAGUGAGCUGGGGAGAUGAAUGUGCCAAGCCAAACAAACCUGGAGUUUACACACGAGUGACUUAUUUCCGUGACUGGAUUACCUCAAAAACUGGCAUCUAAUUCCAAAAUCAAAAAUGGAUAUAAUUACAUAGGUUACACGUAACUCAUAAUUCUCUGUAUGUCUUGUGGAAGGUUUUUUGUUUUUUUUUUUAGUAUCUGCAUUCCUAUUAGUUUUGGUCAAAGCAAGUUUUGCCUGCAGCAAGCACUAUCUUUGCUGUCAGAGAUCCUAAGCUCUUGUAAAUUUAUACUAAACGUAUGAGAUUGCCUUCCUCAUCUUCGAGCUUUGAAGCGUUCUCGUUCUUAUCAGAAAUUAUAAUCAGGUGUUAUUAAACUAACAUUUAAAAGCUAGCAAUUUACCUCCUUAAUAAACACAAACAUUUUUCAGGAAAUAAGAAUUUUUUUUCAGCUAUGGCUGAGGUCUGAAGAUGUCCACCACUCUAAGCAUAGAGGAAGCUGAACCUUCUUCCUCCAGUGAAGCAAAUAUUGUCACAGCUGUGUUUCUAGGAAAGUGAACCCUUGAUUAUUAUUCUUGUUAGAGAUCAUCAUCUGCACAGACUGCAUCUGAGACCCUGGAUACUCACCCUGCUCAGUGGUCUUCAUAGCUGACAGUGGAUCCGCCAGGACUGAGGGUAGGUCCUAACUAAGGAAGAGGAGGAUUUCUGUGCUUGCAGUUAGUUCAAUGGGGCAAGACAGAAGUUUGAUGUUCUUGUGAUAAAGCAUAUUUUUAAACGGAUUUUUUUUGGUAGAUUUUAUGAAUUUCAAGUUACUCAAAAGCGCUAUAGUAGAAGAGCUGUAUUGCAACACUGUGCUGCUACUUCUGGAACAAUCUCCUUCUCUACAGACUCUGUUCAACUUACAACAUGCUAAUGAUACAGAAACACUAGCUCUGCCAAGCUUUAUUUGUUACGUGUGACCCCACGAACAAGCUCACUGGAAUGCAACCCAGCAUUUAAAUUUAUGCUAAAGGAAAAAUAAGUACUUGCCACAAAUAAUCUGGGAACUACCUUUUUACUUCAAGUCAAGAAAUAGUGUGCUUUCCAAGGGCAUGCCAGCCAGCAGAAGUCAUCUCACUGCAAAGAAAAUAAAUAGUGAUAAACCAUCUUGCUUCACUGAUGGAUUAAUUUCUGCCAUGGAUAAAUAUGAUCCUGCCUUAUGAGUCUGAAGAGCAGUUUCAUAUUGAAGAACAGUCCAGAUGAAAACUUCAGAGUAAACGCUAUCCUUAUAUGCAGUUUAAGCACUUUUCCUACCUCUGUGCAUGACAUCUACUAGAUUGCUGGUGGAAGGGAGUCCAGUGACUUGACUAUUGAUGUUCCCUACAGCCCAGGCCUUCAGUAUAUGGAACCAAAAUGUCAAUCCAGUACUGUCUCCUUCUGCUGUCUUUGAAUGGCCACAGGACUGCUUUUAGGCUGUGAAUACAGGACUCACAGGAGUCUGUACGAGACAUGAAAGAAGCUGCAAACCCCACAACUAAAUUUAAAACAACUGAAAAUCUCUCCAGAGCAUCUCACCUCCUCUUCUGCUCAGGAUUGGGUCUCUCCUCAGCCUUUCUACUGUGCAAGCUCUGUAAUACUCAGAAUCCAUGGGAAUAGCAAUGCUUAGCAUUUCCUGAAAACUCAAACCCUGAAUGAAAACGUACACAUCAUUUGUUGAAUCCUUAAAUCCUAUGUUGAAUCCUUAAAGGGGUGGGAGAGAGAUCAUCUUACUUUUCAGCUCCUUCCAGUCUUUUUUCCGUAUCUUCUGAAUUUUAGUUAAAAAAAACCAACAAAACAAGCAACCAUCAAAAAUGAAGAUGCCUUGUCUCAGAAAGAAUUGAAUGUUUUUAGCUCAGCUUUGCUUUUGAAAUGAUAGUAUCUUUCUUAUGAUUUUCCAUGUUCAUUUAAAAAUGAAAAGGAUCUUGGGACAGUUAGGAGGAUAGUCAGAUGCAGCAAAUCUGUUUCCUUAAUUUAUUGAUGAAGUUUGUAAUUUAUGCACUUUUGAGUUGCUGCUAUUUUUAAACUAAGAAUUUACUCUGGGCUAAAUGCAAACUGUAGAGUUUGGGAUUAGGUCACUUGGGAACACUGUUUUCUUGUAGUGUUCAGGUCCCACUUCUGUAAGAGAAUGGGAAAAAGAAAUUACACCUAGUUUUUUGUGCCUCUUAUUGUUUUGAAGCUGAAUACCCUUCCUUAUAAUCAGCAGAUGAAUUGCAAUUGAAAGUAAACUAUAGUUCACUUUCACAGGGACGUUAAGGCUUUGUUUUCCACUUAAAUCUAUCUUUUUGCCUACCAAAUGGAGGGGCAGCAAUAAGGGGUCAAGGCCCGGGUUAUCUAUAAUCCGUAUAAACUGGUUCCUACCUCACACUGAAAGUAACACGUAUUUAAUACCUUUAAAAUGAGAAAGGCAGCCUUUAUUUCAGAUUUUAUUGUGAGAGGCCAAACAGCCAAGAGGCGUGUGGGAUAAUGUCUACCUUACUCAGGGAGUCCUGAGCCAGCCAGAUGCACUUUUCUUCACAAACUUUUAGCAAACUGUCUGGCCUGGGUUUGUCUUAUACUCCAUGUCAGUGUUUUAUUUAUGAAGACUCUGUUUUCUGCAGUAGAAUUAAAAAAAAAGAGAGUGACUAUUGUGUGAUUAAGGAAAAAGAUUUUUAAAAACCUUUUAUUAUUGUUAAGAUUUAGUAAGGAUUUGAAUGAUAUAAAGGUAAUAUAUUUCAUAACAUUAAAUGUAUUUAAAAACAA